GUCUACCCUUUAGCUUAACGGAGGAACACACUUUCUACUGUCUUUCCACAAUUAUUAGGAACUUGAUCAAAAAUUUUGCCUAUUUUCCUUCUCCUCCACUAAAAAGCUGACCAGACGAGAAAGGGCGGACUAAUCCGAAAACCAGAGGCCGUGUAACCCAAAGAUGGCAUCCACACGCAUGAUGAACGCUUUUACCCGCAAUCGCAGCCUAUACAGAAGGGUCCAGGGCACCUGGAAAACGUGUGAUGUGCUCGGGGGACCGCUUCUAAACUACAGACUUCAGUCGCAUAAUUUCCAAGCCCUGAGGGGAUUGGCAGGAAUAACGGACAAGUGCGACAGCAAGACUGUGAUCAAGGGCGUGGUGGUGGGCGUGUACUCCAAGGAGGGCGACGGCAAGGAGGUCAAGAUGACGUCCAGCGGCGAGAAGUUCGACGAUCGGACGCAGGGCAAAAUCUCGGAGUUGCUGCGCGAAACCGGCAUCAAGGGGGACUUGGGCAAGGGUAAGGUGUUUAUGAACGUGGAUGCCGAGUUCCGGGCAGUGGCCGUGGUGGGCUUGGGCCAGGAGGGCGCCGGCUUCAAUGACCUGGAGAAUAUCGACGAGGGCAUGGAGAACGCCCGCGUUGCCGCUGGCGUGGGAGCUCGGGCCCUGCAGCUCCAGGGAUGUACGGAGGUGUUUGUGGACUCCAUGGAGUAUCCGGAACAGGCGGCAGAGGGCAGUGCUUUGGCCAUCUGGCGGUACAACAGCAACAAGCGCAAGCAGGACCGCACUCAAGUGCCCAAGCUGGAUCUCUACGACUCACCGGAUGUGGAUGCCUGGACGAGGGGUCUGUUCAAGGCUGAAUCGCAGAACUUGGCCAGGAGAUUGAGCGAUGCCCCCGCGAAUCAGAUGACUCCCACCAUAUUCGCGCAGUCCGCGGUGGAUGCGCUUUGUCCCUGCGGUGUGUCCGUGGAGGUGCGCUCUAUGGAUUGGAUAGAAUCGAAUAACCUCAACUCGUUCUUGAUGGUGGCCAAGGGAAGCUGCGAGCCCCCGGUGGUUCUGGAGGUCAGCUACUGCGGCACUGCGCCCGAGGACAGACCCAUCCUGCUUUUGGGCAAAGGCUUGACGUACAACAGUGGGGGACUGUGCCUGCGACCCAAGGAUUGCCUGCACAUGUACCGGGGUUGCAUGGCCGGAGCAGCGGUUUGUGUGGCCGCCGUUCGCGCUGCAGCGGCUCUGUCCCUGCCCGUGAACAUCUCGGCCGUCCUGCCGCUCUGCGAGAACAUGCCCUCCGGAAUGGCCGUGAAACCGGGCGAUGUGGUCACCCUGCUAAACGGCAAGACCCUGGGAAUCGUGGAUGUGAGCAAGGCGGGAACAGUUGUGAUGGCAGAUCCCUUGCUCUUUGCCCAGACCACCUAUAAGCCGCGUCUGGUGGUUGACCUGGCCACCGUGGGAUACGGCGUCUGUGCUGGUCUUGGGGAAUCCGCCGCCGGAAUGUUCACCAACUCCAACUUCAUAGCCAAGCAGUUCGAGAAGGCAGGAGGCCUCACUGGAGAUCGGCUGUGGCGUCUGCCCCUGUGGCGCUACUUCAAGCAGCUGGUGACCCCGAACCUCACCUUCGACAUCAGCAACAGGGGGAUUGGACCCGCCUCCAGCUGCAUUGCCGCGGCCGUGCUCCACGAACUGGUGCCCUGCGCGGACUGGGCCCAUAUAGACAUCCGGAACGUGGGCAUGCUGACGCGCCACAAUCCGCUUCCAUACCUGCUCAAGGAUCGGAUGACCGGCAGACCCACCCGCACCAUCGUGCAGUUCCUGUAUCAGAUGGCCUGUCCCGACAGCAAGUGAUCCCACGGCUGGGAUCUCCGGGUCUGGAUCGUUCCGCGUUUCUCGUUUCAUUUCCCUUCUGUUUUGUGCCCGUUUUGGUUUCGUUGUUUUCUGUCUCCUGUCCAUGGCUUGUCCAAAUUUAUUGUUUAGUGUUGCGUGUGCAGCUGGGGGUUUUACGAACGACGAACCUACCAAGAUUUUACUGACGUUGACUGGCCACUGUGGAGCGCCUCCCAGCUGCACAGAAUUAAAUU